CUAAACCAGCAGAGAAGCACAAGGAGGCGGUUUUCCUUUGUAGUCACUAAGGAAUGCGGAAAUGUUGCUGCGCUGUGUCAAACUUCUCCUAAGGGGGUCAAGAACAGUCAGCCAGCGUGGGAAAGGGAAAAAGCAGGGGAAAAAAAGAACCACAGUCCACAACACGCAUUAACAAUUUCUGAGUUAGAACAAAAAAAUAAAAAUAUAAAAAGUUUGUAGCUUAAAGAGCUCCACUAUACGCUUUGAGCUCCAAAAAACGUUUGCACUUGCACUGUUUUUGUUGUGUAUGUGUGAGGGAAACGAAUCUCCCUUUUUUCAUGCUGAAGCUGCCUAAAUUCCUGCUGAAGCUGCUGUUGCUAGUGCUGGAGAAUGGGGGUCCGAGCGUGCACUGCGCCUCUAACUGUGUGGCCCGGGCUGAGGACAGUCGGUGAUCAGUUAACUGCUUGCAAAGUUUCAUUCACGAAGGAAGAGGUGGUGCACCGGAGUGUAUAGACGUUACGUCCCACAUUGGAAUUGUCUAUUUGAAAUUAUAUCGAUCUGGUAAUUGGAAGAGGGUUGACCACAGAUACAAUCUUCGUGGGACAGUUUCUGAUUUUAAAACGACUAUUUCUUUAAUAGACGUGACAAUGUUUCACCUGCCCAAUUGAUGUCUUUAUAAUAACUGCCGUUGCCCGCCUGCCUGGGACGCUGAUUCUUUCUACAACUCGUUCUAAAGAUGGAUAAAGAAAGCUCGACUCAACAGUACGAACCGGUUGCUGAGAUCGGCGAAGGAGCUUAUGGGAAGGUGUAUAAAGCACGGGAUUUGAAGAAUGGGGGUCGCUUUGUAGCCCUGAAAAGGGUCCGGGUUCAAACAGGAGAAGAGGGGAUGCCUCUGUCUACCAUCCGCGAGGUGGCAGUACUGAAACAGUUGGAAUCAUUUGAGCACCCCAACGUUGUCAGGUUGUUUGAUGUAUGCACAGUGUCAAGAACAGACAGAGAGACCAAACUGACCCUUGUCUUCGAGCAUGUCGAUCAAGAUUUGACCACCUAUUUGGAGAAAGCUCCACAGCCAGGUGUGCCUCCUGAAACCAUCAAGGAUAUGAUGUUCCAGCUGCUGCAGGGUCUGGAUUUCCUUCACUCACACCGAGUCGUUCACCGGGAUCUCAAGCCUCAGAACAUCCUCGUCACUGGCACUGGUCAGAUCAAACUGGCUGACUUCGGCUUGGCAAGAAUCUACAGCUUUCAGAUGGCACUUACCUCAGUGGUUGUCACAUUGUGGUACCGGGCCCCUGAGGUUUUACUUCAGUCCAGUUACGCGACUCCGGUGGACCUUUGGAGUGUCGGUUGCAUAUUUGCUGAAAUGUUUAGACGAAGGCCGCUUUUCCGGGGGAAUUCAGAUGUUGACCAACUGGGAAAAAUCUUUGAUGUCAUCGGUGUACCGGGAGAAGGGGACUGGCCAGAUGAUGUGGGCCUUCCAAGGAGUGCCUUUUCUCUGAGACCUUCAAAGCCCAUUGGGGAUUUUGUACCAGACAUAGAGGACCUGGGAAAAGACCUGCUGCUUCAAUUUCUGACAUUCAAUCCAACAAAGAGAAUAUCGGCGUAUAGUUCUUUAUCACAUCCAUACUUCCAGAACCUUGAGAGGUACAAUCAGAGCAUGGACUCGCACAUCUCUUUAAGCCAGACGACCACAGAGGAGAAUACAGCUUGAACAUGGCCUGAAUAGAAGCAAGAUGCUAAAGCUUGAAGGAGCAUCUGGCUUGCAGGAGGUUUUAAAACUGAAACUUUGCCCUUUGGUUACGUAUUUGUUGGUAUAUAAAAUAAAUUAAAAAAAAAAAAAGAAGAAAAAAAAAAUAUCUGCCACAACACCAUGCUGCUUUAAGAAUAACUUCUCUAUUUUCUUGGGAUCCACACAUGUUUCUAUAUUGUUUACCUUCUUCCGAACAAUGCAAGGAUCAUUGCAGCUCCUCGUGUGUAACUGGAAGAGUGCUGGAGAUACAGAAGCUGCUCAGCACACCUACUGCCUUUAUCUUGAAGAUUGCUGCCAAACUUCAAACUUCACAGCCGCUGAAACCUUUUUUGGAACCUGUUCUUAGAAUGUUAAUAACUCUAUGGUAAUGUUUUUUUUUUUUGUUUGUUUUUUUAAUAUAAUACAGUAAGUGUUACACAUAAAUCAACCUACAAACUACAGUACUUUGUUUAAAAUCAAGUCUGCCAUCUUGUGGCGUCUAAGAACCAUUGCAACCAGAAACCAAUAGACAACAUAUAUUUGAAUGGGAAUUAGAGUACAAUUUAAUAUUUAGGACAAUGAACGAACCAUGUUAUAAUUUUAAGCUGAGAUAUUUAGUAUUUUUAGGUAAAAGGAUACUGUGCAUGUUUUUUUCUCUCAUUGAAAGUCACAAUCUAAUAUCAGCGUGUAACUGAUAUUGGAAAUAAGAAUUACUGUAAAAAUUAUUCACAACUAGACAUGUGAAAAAGUUAUAAUACUGGCAAUAGAAUACUGGAAGUUUUACUGGUAAAUGUCGACAUUUACCAAGUAAAGCAGUGAAUUUCUGAAAUAAACAUGAUUAAACUUUAUUUUGGUCAUUUACUGGUAAAUCUCAAGAAUAACCAAGUGCCUUUACCAACAAGCUUCAGUAAAUCAUAAAAUUAACCGGUAAAUGUCUGAAAAGCAAUCUAUUUCUUCAUAAUUCCGGACAUUUACCACCUUACUUGGUAAAUGUUGACCGUUACCGGUAAAACGUAAGAUUUACCAGAUUAGAACUUUUACCAUAACGUAUACACAGGAAAAGGAUUUAACAAAAUAACACAUACACAAUCUAAUGCAUACAAUUUUAUAUAAAAUAAUCUUCUAUGAUGUUUAUAUCACGUAAAUAUUAAAAACAGAUCUGCUAUGUAUAGAUAUCUAUUUUUCAUAUCAAUGUAGAGAUGAUGGAAAAGGUACUCUGCUGCCACUUAAUUUUGCAGCUGUCUAUGUUCUAUAAAAGGUACAGCAAAUAUAUGUGUUGCUUAUGUGCUUAGAAGGCAUCUUAUACUGCUAAUGCAGAGGGAGAUGCUAAGUACACCUUUCAGAUGUCCAUAUAUGUUUAGGAUAGACUGUAAAGGAUACAGUCAUUCAGAUUAUGUUGUCCUUGAGAAGAAUAUUAGUUUCUUUACUUGUUUUUAAAUGUUAGCAGACUUUAAUACAUGUUUUUUUUUUAAGACUUAAAUAAGGUUUAGUGUUCGUGAAAUCCUUCUUGACGGUUUCUAAAGAGGUCUUUGAAUGUAGAAGUUGAACAGUAAAAGUUAGUUUUGUGUGAGCACUGUUAUAUGCUGAAGACAGAUACCUGAAUACCUGUUUUAGAAAAAUAAAUAACCAAUCAUUACAGUUAAGAAACUUCAUGACAGGUUUUUUUUUUUUUUUUACCUGUUCAUAAAAACAUGGGGCAGAUUUUUCACCUUGACCUGUGGUCAUCCUAUUUAUACACCUGCGGCUGGAGCCUUAAUUAAUAAUUUAUUCAGUCUAAUAACCACAUCCCCACGUCUUUUUGCAGGGAGGAAUUAAACCCCCUCCCUGCCACCCAAUACUCCCCACACACACCCGGGCACCAGCAGGGCUUCCACCCUGCCUCACUGCCACAUGGUGACAGCAAUGAUUUUUAAUAUAGUAUGUCAAUCAUAGAUGUCCAUUAUUGAUGAUUUCUUAGGAAUUUAAUCAUACAUUAGGCAGCGGUAUGCAUUUUAGAAAAUAAAUGCCCUUUCACUUUAAAUUGACAUGCUGAGCAUUCUUUUUCAGAGUGGUGCAUGUAUCCAAAGGUGUUGGAACCAUAUCGUGGUACUUUAUAAAUGUAAAAUAAAACCAUUAGUAAUUACAAUAAUCCUGCUCCAUAGGGGCAUAAUUGAGAUCUGACUACACUGUAACUGUGGAUUAUUGGUUAUUAACAUGGCUUGUCCUCUAGCCUGAUAUUCUAACUUGUAUUUAUUAUUAAUAAUACAUAUCGCAGAGCUCAAGCCUGCAUUGCACAUAUGAAAUGAUGAUUGCAUUGUGAUGAUUAACCCAUACAGAAGUAGAUGUAGUGCUAUAAGGAAUGUAACAUUGUUUGAUUGUCUUGUGGAUGGCAUGAAGCUGAUGUGUAUAUUGCAGAUAAGAAAUAUGUUGCCUUGGAUCUGGUCUAUUUUAGUCAGCAAAGCUUAGGAAUAAGGAGUGGUUUUUUUUUCUGAAAGGUUAGCCUUCAGAGUAAUAGACGGUACAGUGUUGUCCAAAGGGUAGAAGUACACAGUAACAGAGUUAGGAUUGUUUUUUGAUGAACUGACAUUUAUUAGUAUGCAGUGGAGUUUUUGGGAAAUGGUCUGGUGGAAGGUCAUUCCCCAUUGCUCUCACCCAUGGGAAACAAAGCUCAACGAAGCUCAUUUGUUUUGAUGUAGAUACAUCAUCACCUAUCUGGUCAGAUGGUUGUAAAGGUUAUACUUGCUACAGUAUUAUGCCUAUUUUUAAAGGGAGGUUUUUUUUUUUUUACUAACUUGGGAGGGGAACUAUUUAUUUGACAACAUAGAUAUGUGGACGCCACAUUUAUAUAGCACCCCCUCCCCACACAGACUGGCCCAUUUAUUUUGUUACUGCGGUAGCAACUGGAUGUUUAAAACUGAAAUACCGUUUGCCUUCAGAUUUAAGAUGCCCUCGAAUUUAAGAUGUAGACCAAAUUUCCCACCCUCAAUUUGAGGAAAAAAUAAACCAUAAAAUAAAUAC